GACUAGACAAGGAGAUAAUCUGUUUGAUAUGCUAAAUGGAGCUAAAUAAUCAUUCCCCGCCGUAUGUAUAUAUGUGGAGUAUAUUGUAUAAUUAAAUUAUAUUAUUAUUAUUAUUAUUCCAUUCCUCCACCUUCUUCUUCUUUGUUUUCGAUCCUCUCUCUCGUCCAGAAUCACCAUCCUUCGGUUAGUGGAAGGAAUCGAGACUUUAAAAACUUGUUUGGCUCUUCUGAUGGAGGGGCCUCCCGAGAUCAUUUUCAACUGAGGUUUUCUGGUGCCUUGUGUCUUUGUCUACUUUCUAGCAUUUUUGUUGAGCGCAGGUAUGUUGUUAUUGAUCAAGUGGAAGAAACAAAAUAAGGAAAAAAUAGGUGAUUGUCUGUUAGUCUUUUUGUUUGGAUGUGAUUCUUUUUUGGUAAUUGGGCGUUUUUCUUAUGAUCUGUUUUCUUCCAUUCUGUUUCUGAUUGUUGCGCUGUGAUACUAUUACGUAUUUUUCCUCAUUUAUGGCAAAUACGUGCGCUAUUUAUUGAUAGGGAGAUUCCUUUGCUUCUAGUUGUUGAGGAUGUGACCUUCUCAUAGUCUAAUUUCUAUAUAGAAUUAGAUGGCUUGGGGGCAUUGAUAGCUGCGUUUUGUUGAAGUAAUGAGUUCCUUAGUAGAUGUCAAUAACUACUAUGUGGGUGUUGUCAAAGUCCUGUUGUGCAGGUUCCAAUAUCGUUAUCACUCUUAAUAUGGACAUUUCUGAGAUUGAGGAAAAUUUAUUAUCCAUUGGAGAGCCGAAGUUACACAGUGAGAUGUGCAAAAGUCUGUGCGUUGUGUAUAUCAAAGUGUUGGUUAUAUUUCCCAACUUAGAAGCAGCACGACCAAGAAGCACAUCUGGAAUUCAGGCACUGUGUGCUCUGCAUAUUGCCCUUGAAAAGACUAAGAAUAUUCUCCGACAUUGUGCGGAAUGUAGUAAACUUUACUUGGCAAUUACUGGAGACUCCGUUGUUUUGAAAUUUGAAAAGGCUAGGUGUGCUCUAGAAGAUAGCUUACAUCGAGUUGAAGAUAUUGUUCCUCAAGCCAUUAGUGGUCAGAUUGCUGAAAUUUUAAUUGAACUUGGAGGGAUUGAUUUCUCACUUGACCCAGUGGAGAAGCAAAUUGGUGAUGAGGUCAUCGCAUUAUUCCAACAUGGAAGAAAUUUCAAAAGCAGUGGCAACAGCAAUGAGCUUCAAUCUUUUCACCAAGCUGCAUGUAAACUUGGAAUCACCUCUUCAAGAGCUGCACUUAGAGAGAGAAGGGCUUUGAAGAAACUCAUAGAAAGAGCACAGGCUGAGGAAGACAAAAGGAAGGAGUCAAUCAUUGCUUAUCUUCAGCAUCUCAUGAAGAAGUACUCAAAGUUGUUCAGGAGUGAAUUCUCAGACGACAAUGAUUCUCAGGGUUCAACACCUUGCUCGCCCAGUCUCCAAGGUCUUGGUCACAGCAGCUCCGCCUUUGACCGGAAACUUUUGAAACUGGGUUCAUAUAAUAUGAAGUCCUGUUCAAGGAGAUCAGAUCAGAUGCCUAUCCCUCCCGAAGAGUUAAGAUGUCCAAUAUCAUUGCAACUUAUGUACGAUCCAGUUAUUAUAGCUUCCGGCCAAACAUAUGAAAGGGUUUGCAUAGAGAAAUGGUUUGGCGAUGGGCACAGUACUUGUCCCAAAACACAGCAGCAACUCCCGCAUCGCUUUUUGACGACCAAUUUUUGUGUAAAGGGUUUGGUGGCUAGCUGGUGUGAACAGAAUGGCAUUCCCAUUCCCGAUGGACCACCGGAAUCACUUGACCUCAACUACUGGAGGCUAGUAUUGUCAGAAACUGAUUCUGCAAGUUCAAAGCUGGUAGAAUCUGUUGGUUCAUGCAAGUGCAAGGGCGGUGGUGUUAAGGAUUUACUGUUGACUGAUGAUGACAUCAUUGAAGAGGUGGAAGGAAAUGAAGCUGAAGAUAAUUGUGAAGUUCAUGAGUUUCAGAAAUAUGAGGAUCUUCUUAAACUUUUAAGGAAGGAGGAUGAAUUGGUGAAUAAAUGCAAAAUGGUAGAGCAGAUUGGGAACUGUCUCAUAGAUGAUGAAGAUGCUCGAACUUAUAUGGGGGCUAAUGGUUUUGUGGAAGAAUUGCUGUGCUUUUUGGGAUCUGCUGUCUCUGCUGGGAAUAGGAUGGCUCAGGAAAUUGGAGUAGUGUCUCUCGUUAACCUUGCACUCAAUAGUAAGAGAAACAAAGAAUUGAUGAUGUCAUUGGGAGUACUUCCAGUAUUGCAGAAAAUGAUUGCUGAUACUGAUACCGAUACCGAUACCCUUGGGGCAGCGGCAUCACUUUACUCGAGCCUUUCCGUUCUUGCGGAUGCCAAGCCCAUCAUCGGAGCUAGCGAGGCUGUCCCCUUCUUGAUCAGGGUCCUCCAGAGUGAAGUCAACGAGCGGCGCAAGCUUGACGUUCUCCAUGCCCUCUACAACAUCGCCAGCCAUCCCUCAAAUAUACCUCACCUUGUGUCAUCCGGCAUCAUUGACGGCCUCCGAACUCAUGUGACUGCAAAUCCUACGGAUCCUGAGCGGACAGAGAAAUGCAUUGGGGUGUUAAUUUAUUUGGCUUCUUCAAGUAACGCCACAAGAGACAAGAUUACAAAGGCUCCAGGCAUGGUUUCCUCUCUUGCGACUCUUCUGGAUACCGGCGAGCCUAUCGAACAAGAACAAGCGGCAACAUGCCUCCUGAAACUAUGCAAUGGGAACGAAGCCUGCAGCCAGAUGGUCCUUGAAGAAGGGGCAAUACCUGCAUUGGUGUCCAUUUCUGUAAACGGGACCGUGAAGGGAAAACAGAAAGCCCAUAAGUUGCUGAUGUUGUUCCGGGACCAGAGGCAACGAGAUUCUUCUUCGACUCAGGGUCAGGUUGGGUCUGAAGCAACUGAGGCGAGCAGUCGAGAACCAAAACCAAGUCAGAGAAAAGUGUGGAGUUUCUGGAGGAAGGCCAAGAGCAAGAGUUUGUCUGCAUAUCAGUGUUAGCUUCUUUUUCUGCCAUAAAUAAAUUUAGAUUUCUCGGAAGUUACCCACGCUUAGAAUGGAAGAUGGAUGUUUGUUAUGUAGAUACUUGGAUUUAGCUCCGUAGCUUUGUUGGAAGAUGGAUGUUUGUUAUGUAUAUAGUUGUAUUUAGCUCCGUAGCUUUGUUGCUACCCGUAGAUCAGAAUCAGAUAUGUAUACGGAUAAUUACCUAUUUUAACUAGGGAUGUUAACGGGGCGAGUUCGGACCCCGAACCCGGAGGGUACGGGGCCAACCCGACAAAUUCGCUUUUUUUAAAAAAGG